AUGAACUAUAUCUCACUGAAAGGUGGUGAGAACCAAGUAACAGGGAUGGAGCAAGACAUAGUACACGGGAUGAAUUUGAGAAGUAAUUCCCAAAUGGAGCCACCGGAUAACAACAUGCCAGACCAAUUGGAAGAAGACCGAGCAGGCGAUGGUGAUCACAUGAAUGAAGAUGGGAACUUGAUGUCUCAGGUUCCUAGUGCGGCUUUAGGGAAAUUUUUCUGCGCCUUCUUUAAUCUCAAAAAUCACUAUUGUCCGGAUGUUUUUGCUAUUUUUGAGCCUCGAAUCAGCCGUGUGAAUGCUGAUAAAUUGAUUCGCAAGAGUGGUUUUGACUACUCUUUCCGAGUAGAAGCUACUGGUUUUUCGAGAGUGCAGGAUGGCGUGGAAGUUUUUGUAACAUUUGUGUAUGCUAGCCCAAAUCCCACAACUCGGCAUUCAUUAUGGCCAGAACUACGACAAUUAGCUACGAGAAUUAAUGUUCCAUGGCUUAUCGGAGGGGACUUCAAUUGCAUUCUCCGACAAGCUGAAAGAAGAGGUGGCGCUAUUAGUCGUAAUAAUAUUAGUGCUGACUUUUCUGAUUGGCUUUUUGAUUGUGAACUCCACGAGGUCCGUACUGAUGGUCUUUUAUUCACAUGGGAAAGAGGAGGAUUGACAGAAGCUAGAUUGCUUUAUAGCAAAUUCGGCUUGGAUGACCAAAUUCCCGCUGGGACUCGUCCAACACCUUCCUCGCACUAG